CCUCACUCCCGCAGACUCCAGGAGCCGCAGAGCCGAGCGGUGCCAUGGCCAAUCCUCGGGUUUACAUGGACGUAGCUACGAAGAAGAAAGCGAUGGGGCGUAUUGUCGUGGAGCUCAGGGCUGAUGUUGUCCCAAAGACUGCAGAGAACUUCCGUGCCUUGUGUACCGGGGAGAAGGGUUUUGGUUACAAGGGCUCGACUUUUCACCGGAUCAUUCCCGAUUUCAUGUGCCAGGGUGGUGAUUUCACGGCAAACAAUGGCACUGGAGGCAAGUCCAUCUAUGGGGACACGUUUGAAGAUGAGAAUUUUGAACUGAAGCACACAGGGAAAGGUAUACUGUCCAUGGCCAAUAGUGGGAAAGAUACAAAUGGCUCCCAGUUCUUUAUUUGUACCAAGAAAACAACAUGGUUGAAUAAAAAGCACGUUGUGUUUGGUGCGGUGGUGGAAGGCAUGGAUAUCGUGAUGAAGAUGGAGGGCUACGGCAGUGAGGACGGCGCGCCCACGACCACCAUUACCAUCACCGAUUGCGGGCAGUUGUCCUAAACCGUGUGUGAUAGGAAUCAUACAGUUCAAAUAAAAUACCAUCAUUUGGAACGCCCAUUUUGGUUUACUUCAGUUCGGCUUAGAGGUACAGUGCGGAAACAGGCCCUUCGGCCCACCGAGUCCGUGCCGACCAGCGAUCCCCGCACCCUAACACUACCCUGCACACACUAGCGACAAUUGACACUAACCCCAAGCCAAUUAACCCUCAAACCUGUACGACUUUGCAGCGUGGGUGGCAACCUUGGAGAAAACCCACGCGGUUAUGACAGAACGUACAGACUCCGCAUAGACAGCACCCAUAGUCGGGAUCGAACCCGGAUCACCAGCACUGCAAGCAGCAACUCUAAAACAUAAUCUAUCUAUCUCCU